AUGCGCACAGGGCAGGCCCUCAGGCCAUGCGAGUUCGAGCUUCGUUUCAGGGUCUUCUCAUUGAUGAUCAGCACGUACAAGUCUGUUGAUGGCAUCAGCAGCUUUGUCCCGGCUGGACCUACGAUGUGCCUGCCGGAGUGCAUUCAACAGGUUUCGGACGUUGAUGCAAGGCUGGGUCUCCAGGUGGCGGAUUUCGGGGACGGCCAAAGCGUAGGCCAGCAAGAUUAUUCAUUGUUUUCCUUUCGCAGACCGAGGCUAUUGGCGCAGGCGGAUGACCCGCCAGGAUCCCUCUCUCCUCCAGGGCGCCGCGAAGGACAAAACCUGGCACUUGGGGCCCCAUUUCAGAUGGCGGUUUCUGCCAAAACUAAGAUGUUCAAGAGAUGUAAUGCUGCAAAGUCUGAGAUUCUUCUCCUCGGCCACGGCUUGGGGCCUGGGCGUCCCGCAAUGAUUGAAACGUAG